AUGGUUAUGCAGUCCUUUUAUUCUCAGAAACGAGGUUCAAGCACAAGGCGUGUUCAGCCACCCAUUCAUCAACAUCCCAAGUCCCUUCAAUUCAAGAACACUUUAGACGAUGCUUGGAAGCAACUGGACAACGCUACGAAAAAUAUUGCUACUUCCCAUCAUAAAAAUAUCUACCGUGUUCAAAAUGAUUUAUACAUAGGUCGUGGACUUAUUCGGUCAAAAUGCUCAAAGCUCAAUCUAUGGAAUGCAUUCUGUUGGAAGAAGAACAAGGACAAAGAGAACCAUGACCUAGGUAAAGCUGCACUCCAAUCAUUUGUAUGCGAUAACAAGGACGAAUACUUUGCCCUCUCAAAGGAGGAACAAGACAAACUGCUUACUGAGUUCGUUGAAUUCAAGGAGACAAAGACUACUAGUGUUUAUACCUCAAUGAAAUUGAAGAUUAAUGAUGUCAUGCACACUUUAAAGGUGGUGGAAAAUGAGCUCAACAGUUUACAUUGUCAUAUGGGCACAGAGACUAUUCUCUACACCACCCAUGGCUCUACAGACCUUCCUCUCUGUGGUCUUGUAUUUGCCACCGAAGGCAUCAAAAACUUCAUGGGUACUGUCAUGGGGGUUGAUAAUCAAGAUUUAGUCAACAAAAUGGAAGGCUUUGCAGUCCAAGGGAUGAAAGAACAGAUCACUGGUGAUGAUUGUGCAAAGAUGCAAUGGGUCAUCAUGGAAGAGUGGCCCAAGAAGAUUCCUUUUACAAACCUUAACCUUCAAAUGCUUUUGUGCAAGUGGGAGUCUGGUGCAACGUACUGGAAGUCCUUGAGUGAUGAAGAAUUCGAGGAACUCUGUAAGGAGCACAAAGAGAAGCUUGAGAGCGGCGAGCUAGCUGACCAGCGUCAUCAACCUCAAUCAGACAAAGAAAAGAAACAUGCAGAGAUGAGGAAGUCUACUGCUCAGUGCAAGCAGUUCAAGAGCGCAGAGACCAUUAGUGAUGACAACAGUGAUGCGGAGGGAGACAAGGCCAUUUGCGAGCCAGCAGCACCAUCUGGCGAGGCCAUUCGUGAGUCAGCAGCGCCAUCUGAUGAGGCCAUCCAUGAGUCAGCAGCGCCAUCUGUGGUUGCUACUGCUUCUGCCUCUCCAGAUACCACAUCUCCUCAGCCUUUGGAUAUAAACCUCAACACCCUUGACUGCAAUGCCAUGUUGGCCGACUUUGAAAGAUUGUUCGGCCCCGCACCUAGUACACUGUUGGAGUAA